AUGUAUAAGUGUUUCCUCUAUGGACAUUUCGAAGAUUUAAUUAGCUCUGAGGGUUUGUCCGUUGCCUUGAUGAACCUUGAGAGUUAGUUAGGUUCUUGGAGAUGUCUAGUGAGAUGCGUUAGCACUGGCUAAGUGCGUCUACCAAACGAAUUGGUUUCUCUCCCUCCCUUGGUACCAUUGGAGGGAUUGAGAAACCCUCUCUCACAGGUAUGCACGCUCAUCAUUCACGUGAGUCCUUGCUUGUCUCCUCACGUGGAUGCUGUCGUAGGAAUCUCAUCCGCAGGUCAGCAGCUUUGGGUUCUCUCGCCGCUCGCCUCCUUACGAUGGCUGGGCUUCUGA